AUGAUGGAGCGGAACGAUUUAGGCGAGCGCAAAAUGCCUCAGUCUGGUCCCGUACCAUUACCGCGCCCAAGACAGCACGUAAAGCAGGACGUGAACACACAUCAACCGACACCGUACGUCAACGUAAUUGUAGAAUCCAUUCCAGCGAAUAACGUACCCGUACCGGCACCGAGACAGCGUACGAAAAUAAUGAUAUUUGACGAGGAGCAAAAACCCCAGGGCACCGACUAUGAACAGGAUGAGCGUUAUCAGAAUGUUGUUAUCGUGCGUCCUGCACCACCGUGCCCGACACAGCUAAGCCAAGGUUCAGUGGCCCGCAAGGUUGCUUCCCAUGAGCCGGGUGGUGGUUUCCCGGGGUCUGAUACGUCGCUAGGCGACAAUUUGCGGGAGUUGAAGAUACACAACGACAUCCUUCGCGCGGAUGAGGAACCACAAUCGCCCAGUGUGGACGGGAAGUAUAAAACUUUAUCCCCGGGUGAUCUAUUCAAAACCAUCGGUACGGCGUCGCGCAUGCUGACGGAAUCGAUCGGCGAGCGGGUUGCGCACAAGACGAAGAAGGUUGCACAUAACGUGCGCAACACCGGCACGAGUCUGGUCGCUUGGAGUCAAGAAUCGCGCAAGAGUGCUGCCGGCAAGCUACUCAAAAGCGUAGGCAAAUCGGAAAAGGCCGAGGGAACGAUGGAGCAGACGGGAGAGGAGCAAAACUCGAGCCCCAAAUCGAAGAGCGCAUCGAACAGCCCGAAAACAGCGCGUCCACAUUCGGUCGCCUCGCCGGAUGUGAUCGGCAAGAUUCGGUUCGAAAGUCCACUGAUGAACAACGCUGUCGCGAGUGGGACGUCGCCAACUGUCCAGACGACUUACGACAUACCGAGAAAGCGCAAUCUAUUCACCGGCCUACGAUCAAAAGAUUCGACGCCCACGUCCACCGCACCGUCAUCGCACGGUGGUAGCGUACGGGUGAGCAGCAGCAGUUUGGCCUCGUCCGAGGGUGCUGAGGUCGCACGUGGACGUUUUGAGAGAAAUGCACCGGCGAGUCAGAGCCUGUACAGCCGCGUCGUACCGAAGCGAAAUCGGGGACCGGUCGCGAAUGAUGCUGUCAUACCGCCACCGGGACAACUUUCACGUACCAGCAAGAACAAGAGCGAAUCGAACCUGUACGAGUCCGUAUUUUACAUCGGACCACCGGUGACGGGCGACUUGACGAGUGCGAAUGAUGGCCUGUACGGGAAGCUUAACAUUAUUCCACAUUCAAAGAUGUCCAGCUCGAGCAGCAGCCUUUCGGUGUCCUCCCACCAAGAAGCGGGUGGUUCGGAAGAGGACAACACCGCACACGACGCGAUCCGGGGCGGUGUACGGGUACGCGACAAAGCAGCACCAUCUGGUAGCGGUGUGAAUUCACCGAAAGGCACCACUACACGCCCUGUAACGCGUAGAAUAUUUUCACGCCGUCUCUCGAUCGGUGAGUUGGAACAGCAACAACAAAACUUACGUUCGGAUUCGUGGAAUUUCUACGACGUCACAAUGGCGGACACGUUCGAAACACACAAACAGCAGGAUGACAGGGUGGAAGACCACGACGAAGAGGAGGAGGAAGAGGUGAUUAGCAUUUCGCAUAUCAGCACACCGGAACCGUUUUACGAGAAUAGCGAACCCAGCCGAAUGCCGAUGCCGAUCUCUGUACAGCUAGCGCAGAUGCGAUCGCUGGAUGUGCUGCAACCGGUACCGAUCGGUGCGGAAGGUAUCCAUCUGCGGCACGAUUACGACGAGGUGUCGAUUGCGGACAUUAUAGAUGAGUUCGAUCCGUUGGCCGGUGCGGUGAGUUACGGUUCGGCACUGGAAGCUAUUAUCGAGCAGGAUAGCAGCAAUGGCGAACAGGGAGACAACCUGGCGCUGAUCGAGAAUCUGCUCGGGGCGGAAUCUUACAGCCGGAUGCCGAAGCGUUUGUCAGGAAGGUUAGUGUCGGAACGUUGUCCAAAACCACCGCAACGUUCCGAUUCGUUGCUUGUGACGGAAACGUCUUCAACGGCAGCAUCUACUACUGAACCUACAACAAGUCCAACAGCGGCACCGGAGCGUGCAGUACCUGCUAAACCGGUACGUCGGAAGGUGAUACGCUCCACCGCAAGACCGGCGGAACAAACCGUCAGUCAGAUUAUCCACCAAAAUCUGAACCUUCCGUCGGGCAGCGUGGAGAACUUGGUGGAGCUAGAGGAACGUUUGAUCGAACCGCAUCUUGCGCGAACGGGUGACGAUGAGCCAGUAAAUGGAGAUGCACCAGUGGAUCUGAGCUAUCCGCGGGAACCACAAACGAACUGGUACGUGGGGGAGGUGGAGCAGCACAACGUAGGAAACGCCGCCCAAGGUCAGGUUCCGAUUAACACCAACCUUUAUAGGAAGCGCGUAACGGUUGAUCCGAUUAAUGAGAAUCGUCUCGGCUACGCGAAUGCGGACUCCGCUGGGAAGGUUACCAAGUCACCGUUUAUGGCGGCAGGUUCGGGCAGUACUAGUUCGUCUGAUGACGAAAGAGCAUCCUACCUGCCCACCUAUAUGGAAGCGAUUGGUGGAUCAGAUCAACCCACGGAACGGGGUCCUGCUGAAACAUCUGCUGCAGCUACUAUUGCUGCUAGUCCUUCAGGUUCUACCACCACGGGUGCCAUAGCCAAGUCAGCCAGUGUUGCUACAAAGCUGCUAAAUGUGCUGAAGCGCAAACCAAGCUUCAACAAAGGCGAACACACAUCCACCGUCCUAACCACACUCGAGAUGGUACCGAAGCCGAAGCUAACCGAGCGGCUUAUAUCGCACAAAGGGCACGUGCUGAAGUUUCCCUCCGGCAAGAUCGGUGACGUGCUGAACGAGCUGUCACCCCGAUCGGUGGUAUUGCGCGAACGAAUCUUCCAGACGUAUCUCGAUCCGCAGCAGACGCUACCGAAGGAGGCGAUUCAUCUGCGCCACAUCCUGUCGGUGCAGAGUAUACUGCAGCACAAGUUUGCCGGCGAGGGACGGCUCGAUCUGCACUGCUUCGAGGUGGUGCUCGGUGUGCCAAAGGGGGCCAACACCUCCGGUACGGGUGGGGGAGGUGGGACGGGUUUGUCCGCGCUCGCUGCCGCCUCGAUGUCCACCAAUCCGGAUCUGCUGAUUACGAGCGGGACCAGCGCGAACGUGAAACUCGUUCGCCAGUCGUACAUGUUCGGCACGCACAAACGGUCCGACCGGAACCUCUGGAUGGCGAAGGUGCUCCAAUCGGUGACGGACGUGUUCGGCGGCGAGGGUGACCUGUUGCGCGAGUUCUUGCGGGCCGGUUGGUGCUACGUGAAGAAGUCAGUUUCAGCACCAUGGUCCGGUGCGUGGAUGUUGCUAGCGAAGCGCAAGCUGUACCUGUAUAGCUUCGCCGACAAUCGGUUGGAAGAGCUAGACCUGAGAAAAGCACGCUGUAUCGGUGUGGUCGAUAACGAACCGGACACGAUCGGUACGCUGUAUGUCGAGCAUGGUCCGAGCCUGUUCAUCGACUGUCCGCCGUAUACGACGCUGUACUUCGUGAUGGGGUCGCCGCGGGAAACGCAAAUCUGGCACAAGGUGAUCCGGCAGGUGGCACACAAAAAUGGGCCCACGCUGCACAGUCAGCAGUUGACGCGGGGCGACGUACCGGUGCUGAUCGACAAAUGCAUCAACUUCAUCUACGCCCACGGUUCCAUGUCGGAGGGCAUCUAUCGGAAGUCCGGCUCACAGUCGGCCGUCGUGCGCAUACUCCAGCUGUUCAACGAGGACGCAUUCAACGUGCAGCUCACACGCAACGAUUACAACGAGUACGAUGUAGCCGGUGCGCUGAAAAAGUUUAUACGCGAGCUGCCGGGUUCAUUCUUCGGCAGCUAUGCGGCAUCGUUCGUUGCGAUCGGAACGCUAAACGCUGGGACGGAUGGGCAACAGCUUAAGAUCGACUCGUACCGGCAGUUGCUUGACCGUUUGCCCCGGAUCGAGUACUGCACGCUGAAGAAGCUGCUCGGACAUCUCGCGUUCAUCGCGUCGCUCGAAUCACAUAAUCGGAUGGGUGUUCCCAACUUGGCCAUGAUUUGGGGCUCGGUGCUGCUUGCGAAUGCGAGUCAGAAUACCGUACAGGAGCGGACCGGUUACCAUCAGCAAGACGCGGAUGUCGUUGCGGAUCUGAUCCGCCUGUACAGCAACCUGUUCCCGGUGGCAGCCGACGAACUGUACAAGGAGCAACUGAUGCUGACAGUGCUGAAGAAGUACCAUGCGGCGGCAGAAAAUCUCUCCGACACGGUUAAACAUUCGGGCGACUUGAAGGUGUGGAUAACGAUCGACUGCGAUAACCCACCGGAAGAGGAGAGUAGUAUACGCGUCGGUGGAAAGAGCAGUACCGGUAGGGAGGACAAAGCACAGGUUAAUGUGGAUGUCAAUCCUACCAAGACUGCCGCUGAUAUAUGCAAGGAGCUGGCAGCAAAAACGAAACAUCCCUGGUACAAACUAACGCUGUACGAAGUGAUCGCAAACGAUGCACUCAUCCGUCCCAUACACUACAGCGAGAAGGUUUUAGAGAUAGUCGUUCGAUGGACAUACUGGGACGAGUCGGAUCGUAAGAAUAACUAUCUUACGCUUAAGCCAACGACGACCCUGAACGAUGUGUAUCGCACCAUCCAGAAGGCACCGGUAUUGACACCGACGAUGGAGCUGAAGUUUGCCGAACGCAAGACGAAGGCCCUGCGCAGCCUGCAGCUUCAGCUUAUUGGCCGUGGAUUGGUGGUGUUGAAAAAGAUGGAAAAGAAGGACAAAGGUUACGAGGAGAUGCUGAAGAUCGAUCUCACGCAAAUGACGGCGUACAUCGGGUGCGAGCCAAAGCGCGACUGUUCCAGCCUACGGUGGGCAAUCACACUGGUGGACCAUAGUUUCAAGAAAAGAACCCGCGAUUCACCUUUCAUCGGCCAUGUGUUUGGAGGAUUCGAUUACGCUAGCCAAAUACUGUGGUAUUCGAGCAUUCUCUACAGUCAAUAUAAGGACGACAUUCUUCCCAGCGGGGAUUUGUUUUUCUAA